AGUGACGUAAUUGCGAUUAAGAGCUUGAGUCCUGUCUGACCAACAGACAGAUGUAAAGAAUUUUUUGCUUGCCAGAUGCCAAGAACCUUUCCUAAUAAUGGAUAUCGGACGGUGUUUUUUCGUUCUUUUGUUUCUAUGCUUGAACAACCGAAUUUCAGAGUCUUUCCGAUGGACUAGGAAUCAACAAUCCAGUCAAUCCAUUGAUAUCCAGCUCGGUUCAGAUGUUUCUCUUCCAUGUGAAUUUCUUCUCACCAGCGAAGAAGAGUCUGCCAUGCAGGACUUCCAUCUCAUAUACUGGACCAGAGAGAUACCUGCUGGCAGCCAAAGUUGGCAAGGGAUAGCGUCAAAGACUAACUUGGUCAGCAACUCUGAUGCGAGGAUUAUGCACCAUGAUAAAAGUCGUAUCCUGAUGAAAAACAAUUCUCUGACAAUCCUCAGUGUUAAGCCUGAAGAUGACGCACUCUACCAGUGUGAAGUCAAGAGCAGUUUUUAUACCACUCCAUCGGUUAUCAAGCUUAAUGUUUUGAAGCAAAUUAAAAAGACGAGUGAACAACAUUCUUCAAUCUCCAAUAAAGCUUCUGCCGGUAUUGGAGUUGGUGUAACGCUGCUUGUGGUGGCUCUCAUUAUCCUUGGUGUUUUGUUUUUCAAAGCUAAAUUAGCAAGAGGACAAAGAAGAACGGAAACUGAAAGAUCUACAAACCUGGCAUACAUUCCGAGGAAUAAUGAGAAUAGCAUGGCGGGGGCAUAUGAUGGACCGGCAGCCUUUAACAACAGUGAAAUGAACAUCAAUGGAGCAGUGAACAAAAGUUGCCGUCUUGAUGGUGCACCCACAAACGUCACAUCAUUCUAAUUUGUUUAACAGUCAUCACUUUGUAGUACUAAAAUAGCAAAUAAAAGUUUACUUUUGUUGUA